CGCUUUCGCAUCCUCACACACUCUCUCUUCUCUACGCGUCUUCAUUGUUUUUGUGGGCGUAGUAGAUUUUUAGAGAGAAAGAGAAGAAGAAAAAAAAAAAAUUCUCCGAUUUGGAUCUAUUUGACCAAUUCCUUUUUAUCUAUCGAAUCCAGUGAUUGGUUGCUAUGGCUGCUGCAGUCCGUUACGCACCUGAGGAUCAUUCUCUUCCCAAGCCUUGGAAAGGCCUUGUCGAUGAUCGAACUGGAUACUUGUACUUUUGGAAUCCUGAGACCAACGUUACUCAGUAUGAGAGACCUCCCAAGCUGCUCUCUGUUAGCUCUUCCGUUCACACUUGUUCCAUACCAAAUGGUAGUAGCUAUGUCCCUGCCAAGGAUGAUGAUGAUGAUGUUCAGUACCGUAACGGUGGACCUAAGGUUGUUGAUUCUGGCUCCAGGUUUACUGAGGUUGCCAGGAGUGGAGCGAAUGGUGCUGCUAAUGGACUUGGGAAUUCCUCUGCAAGAGGUCCUCCUCCUCCUUCAUCAGCUCCAGCAAAUGAUGAUGAUGUUUCCUCCGAGGCCUAUUCCCGCCGUCAUGAAAUUACUGUCAGUGGGGGCCAAGUUUUUAUAUAA